AUGUCUUUUCCUGAAUACGGUCAAUUCCCAAACACCCCGCAAGAGGGAGCUCCGGGUCAAGUUCCUACUCCUCAGGAUGGAGCAGCUCCGGGCCAGCCAACCGACCCAUCCGCUCAACAACAGAUGCCAUUCCCGAACCCGGAAGUAAACGCUGGAGCACAAGCUGGUGCAGGCGCGGAGGGAAAGACUACCCUCUGGAUGGGAGAAUUGGAACCAUGGAUCGAUGAGAACUUCGUCCGCAACCUCUGGUUUCAAAUGGGCGAGCAAGUCAGUGUCAAGAUGAUCCGUGACAAGUUCUCAGGCAGCAACGCUGGCUAUUGCUUUGUCGACUUCUCGUCCCCUCAGGCCGCGGCCAAGGCUCUCCAACUGAGUGGUCAACCCAUGCCCAACUCCAGCCGCCCCUUCAAACUCAACUGGGCUUCUGGAGGCGGUCUCGCCGAUCGACGCGACGACCGCGGGCCCGAGUACUCGAUUUUCGUUGGCGAUCUCGGCCCCGAAGUCAAUGAGUACGUCUUGGUCUCGCUCUUCCAGAGCCGUUUCCCAUCCUGCAAGUCGGCCAAGAUCAUGACCGAUCCUCUCUCCGGCAUGUCUCGUGGAUAUGGUUUUGUUCGCUUCUCGGAUGAAGGCGACCAGCAGCGCGCUCUUAGUGAGAUGCAGGGCGUCUACUGCGGCAACCGUCCCAUGCGCAUUUCUACGGCAACCCCUAAGAACAAAGGCGGACCGAUGGGGAACAUGGGGAUGGGUAUGCCUGGUGGCGGCCCUAUGGGCUACCCACCCAUGGGCCAACAACCUAUGCCCUUCUACGGUGGCGGUCAGCAACAGCCACAACCCAUGAAUCAGUUUACCGACCCCAACAAUACCACGGUCUUUGUGGGAGGUCUCUCUGGAUACGUCACCGAGGAUGAGCUGCGCUCUUUCUUCCAGGGCUUCGGGGAGAUCACCUACGUCAAGAUUCCACCGGGCAAGGGCUGCGGUUUUGUGCAAUUUGUUCAACGCCACGCUGCCGAAAUGGCCAUCAACCAAAUGCAAGGCUAUCCGAUCGGCAACUCGCGAGUCCGUCUGAGCUGGGGACGUAGCCAGAACAAUUCUGGUCCAGCGGGCACGCCCUACCGCCCUGCGCCGCCGCCUCCGAUCUACCCUUCGAUGGGCAUGCCUCCUGCUCACUCAUACGGCAAUUUCGCGCCUAUGAAGUGA